CCCUCCCCUCCGAAUAAAACCGACUGUUUCCGUGAAUGUGCGAGCUUCCUCCUCUCGAGGAGCCAUAAUUGGGAUUAUUCAGGAAUGAUUCGUUUAAGGCGUGUGUGUUUUUUAUUCUCUGUAGAUUAAUAUCGCAUCUCGCCUCUUGGAUGUUUGUCAUCACAUGUAUUUCUUCCUAAUCUGCGUCCUGCUCGUUCUCCGGGCAGCAACACGAAGACCGCAGCUCGUCCGCCGCUCGGGGUGAAGACACGAGCACGUCGCCUCCUCCUCCUCCUCCUCUUCCUCCUCUCAUCCUCCUUCUCUCCUCCUCCUCCUCUCAUCCUCCUUCUCUCCUCCUCCUCCUCUCAUCCUCCUCCUCUCCUCCUCUCGUCGGACUGAAGAUGGAGAACAGAGACGCGUCGUCGUCUGUGCGGACUAAUUGUUCUUCUCCUCCUCUCCUCCUCUCUUCCUCUCCUCCGUCUGGUGGGUUGUUUUCAUCAUAAGCGUUUGAAAAUCUGACAUCAUUUUUGGACAAGAUGAACCGGACCAGAUGUGUGUGUGUCCUCGGGUUCUGCUCCUCGACGUGAUGCAACAUAAACGCUGUUUUGUCGGAUGAUAUUCGGACUCAUCAGGAACAGGGAGGCUCGGGAUCUUUUCUUCCUCCUCCUCCUCCUCCUCCUCAUCAUCAUCAUCCUGGCUCGUUGGUGCAGCUGUUGAUUAUUAGAACCUCGACAUGAUGAUGAUUAUUAUGACAUGUCACUCGGUGGAUGGAUUCAUGUAGAACAGGUGUUGAGAGCAUGAAGCCUCCUCAUGUGUUUUUCUCUCGAUCUGACGAACAGUGAAACAAAGCGACUGGAUCUUUUCUUUCUAUUAUUAUUAUUAUUAUUAUUAUUAUUUUGUUUUUGUUUUUGUUUUCUUCCGUGAAAGAAGAGAAGAUCUGCUCUGUAAUGAUGAUAUGAAAGGUGCUGUGCUUGUGGACAAAGAGGACGGAUGAGUCUGUCGGGUAGAACGGAUCCUCGCAGCCUCUCCCUGUAAAGACGAGCGAGCCGUGGGAGGAUCGCUGGUGUUGCUGAAGGGCCGAACGAGGCCGGCUCCCGUGCAAGGAGACAGAAUGUCUAACCAGAGCUUUGCCAUCGACGGCCCUGGCAGUCUGCUGGCCGUGCUGGCCUCGCAGAGCGGACUGGCGCGAGGCGGCGGCAGCAGCAGCGGUGACGGCAGCGGCGGAGGACUCUCUGCCACAGAUAUGUCUGCCUACUUCAAGCUGGUCUUCUUGGGUUUGAUCAUCUGUGUCAGCCUGGUAGGAAACCUCCUGGUCUCCCUGCUGGUCCUGCGGGACCGGACACUCCACAAGGCUCCGUACUUCUUUCUCCUGGACUUGUGCCUGGCCGACGCGGUUCGCUCGGCCGCCUGCUUCCCCUUCGUGCUGGUGUCCGUGCACAACAGCUCGGCCUGGACUUACAGCGCCCUGAGCUGUAAAGUUGUGGCCUUCAUGGCCGUGCUCUUUUGUUUUCACGCUGCCUUCAUGCUGUUCUGCGUGGCCGUCACCCGCUACCUUGCCAUUGCCCACCACCGAUUCUACGCCAAGCGCAUGACCAUCUGGACCUGCGCCGCCAUCAUUUGCAUGGUGUGGACGCUGGCCGUCGCCAUGGCGUUCCCGCCCGUCUUUGACGUGGGGACGUACAAGUUCAUCCGGGACGAGGACCAGUGUAUUUUUGAGCACCGCUACCUGAAGACCAACGACACCCUGGGCUUCAUGCUCAUGCUGGCCGUGGUGGUCCUGGCCACCCACGGCUUCUACGCCAAGCUGCUGCUGUUCGAGUACAGGCACCGCAAGAUGAAACCCGUCCAGCUGGUUCCUGCCAUCAGCCAGAACUGGACCUUCCACGGUCCCGGGGCCACAGGUCAAGCUGCAGCCAACUGGAUCGCAGGGUUCGGCCGGGGGCCCAUGCCACCCACUCUGUUGGGCAUCAGGCAAAAUCUACACAAUCAACACCGGCGGCUGCUCGGGAUGGAGGAGGUGAGGUCCGAGAGGAGGCUGGGCCGGAUGUUCUACACCAUCACCCUGCUCUUCCUGGUGCUCUGGGCUCCCUACAUCGUGGCGUGCUUCUGGAGGGUGUUUGUCAAGUCCUGCACCAUCCCUCACCGGUACCUGUCCAUCACCGUGUGGAUGAGCUUCGCCCAGGCCGGAGUCAACCCCAUCUUCUGUCUGCUGCUCAACGAGGACCUGAGGAAAGUGCUGCGCGCUCACCUGCCCACCUACUGGAGGACUAAACAACACCUGCCCCAGGACGAGGCCUACUGCAUCAUGUGAGGAGACGUGAGCCCAUGUGCCGAGUGAAUGUUUGGGGGGUUUUGAAGGUGGAAUGUGGCGGAGUAGAAGUGACGUGAUGCACCUUGGUUACGUGUUCGUGUGUGGUUUGUUGUUUUGCGACAACAAAGUCCAAUCGGUUGCCGACAGACGCAGGCGACUUUAUGAGGAAUGUUGAUGUUUGAAUUAGUGUGUCGGUGCAGAGGUUUGAACGGGGGAGAGAGAGAUACGCCCCCGGUUCGUAUUCCUGAUGAUCUACUGUACGAUUGGUGGGGAGGAGCGAUCCCAGCAAUCACCAACUACGUGUGACAGAUGCCAUUUUAAAUUGAUGUUGCCUUAUUUCAGAGGGACACGGGAGUAGUUUGUGUGUCGCACGAGGCCGAGACACCGACGGUCGGGAUCCCUGUGGACUGUGAUCAGAACACUGCUGAGGUUCUGAUGGAUCCGAACUUCUCUUCAUCUGGUUCACAGGAGAACCACUGAAUAUCGAUUGUCCCAAUGACCUUGGAGACAUUUAAAUAGCUGUUGUGAAGCUAAGAACCUGUAACAUGCUUGAUUUUUUUUUAAACUUGAUUUAGGGCGUGUCAGGUUUCUUUGUAUCAUAAAAAAAAAAUUGCCUGUUUUCCUUUUCUUUGUAAACGAUACAUGUUAAGCAGAUGACACUAUUUUGAAAUAUGACUUGAUUUGAUAUUGUAUAGACUGUACAGGAAUGUCUAUUCCUGCUUGUGUGUUUUUAUAUAGCAUUUGUGUGUAUGUGUGUGUGUGAGGAGGAAGUGGAAAGAGAAGAGAGAGAGAGAAUAAUAAUGAUGAUAAAAUAUGUUCCAGUCAAACUGAGUCGAUAUGAGAAGGAGCCACCAUCUUGUGGCCUCAAAAUCAUGCAAAUUUGAACAGUCAUCAUUUGGAAAUUUAUCCUUUAAAUGGAUUUGUACACAACUGAAAAUGCAGUUUUAUUUUUAACGGUAAUGUAAAAGCAAACGUGAACUACAGAUGGAUAAUGGGAUAAUUAGGGAACAACACUUUGUACAGUGCGAACGAGGCCGUGUAGGAUUUAACGACGUGAAUGGUUCAAUGUAAAUUAUGACUUUUAAAAAAAUCAUUUGGCAAAUGAACAUUUAUUUGCAAAUGAUGAUCUUGAGAAUGUUUUUAAAGUACUGUUAUGAGAAUACAAGAAAAAAGAAGAAGAUGAUGAAGAAGACACGAAGUGGCACUUGAUGGAACCGUGAAUGUUACCAGGUCGACUUAUUUUCCCCUCAAAUGUAAAUGUCGCCGCGUGCGAGUCUGGAUCACAGAACAUCGGAGACGCAGCUCGGCGGCGGCGGGACGCGACCCCACAGAUGUUGGGCAGUGUGGAAACCGGCUUAGACGACAUUAAGCCGUCGCUCCAAAUUAAGAUUCAUGUAAUGCAAAUGUCUGACCUACAGUAUGUCAAAGCAUAGAAAUAUCCGUGCAGUCGAUUUUAUCUCUCAGCGUGGACACUUUGCACAGCAGCAUACUGUAUUAGCAUGCAUUCCACUGCAUUCCAUAGAUCCAGGACCGGCGAUUACAACUUGUACAGAUGACGAAAAGCAAAAAAAAGUGAACCGAGGUCCAUGAGUUUUUACGUCUGGCGAGAUGAAAUCCUGUAAGUGUACAGUUUAACUGAGGUGGUUCUUUUGCCCACUCAUCAAUAAAGACUCUACUUUCUGAUGCA